ACCUGCUGGCCAGAGACUUCCCAGGCCAUGUGCGAUCUUUGAGUGAGGCCUGGUGACAGCGGCUGCCACUCACUGGCCUUCCCAACCCGGCUUCAAGAUGCUGAGCUUGAAGCUCCCCAGGCUGUUCAGCAUAGACCAGAUGCCCCAGGUAUUCCAUGAGCAGGGCAUCCUCUUCGGCUACCGUCACCCACAGAGCUCCGCCACGGCCUGUGUCCUCAGCCUUUUCCAAAUGACCAACGAGACCCUCAACAUCUGGACUCACUUGCUGCCCUUCUGGUUCUUCAUGUGGAGGUUUGUGACUGAACUGUAUGUGAUAGACACCCAGAAUGACAGCUACUCCUGGCCUCUGCUUGUGUACAUGAGCACCAGCUGCGUGUACCCCCUUGCAUCCAGCUGUGCGCACACCUUCAGCUCCAUGUCCAAGAACGCCCGGCACAUCUGCUACUUCCUGGACUACGGCGCUGUCAAUCUCUUCAGCCUGGGCUCAGCCAUCGCCUACUCUGCGUAUUCGUUCCCUGACAAUCUGGUGUGCACCACCUUCCCUGACUACUACGUGACCCUGGCUGUGCUGAACACCAUCAUCAGCACUGGCCUGUCCUGCUACUCCAGGUUUCUGGAACUCCAGAAGCCCAGGCUCUGUAAGAUGCUCCGUGUCCUCGCAUUUGCCUAUCCCUACACCUGGGACUCCCUCCCCAUCUUCUACAGGCUGUUCCUGUUCCCAGGGGAGAGUUCACAGAACGAAGCCACCUUGUACCACCAGAAGCAUGUGGCCAUGACGCUCCUGGCCUCUUUCUUCUACUCUGCACACCUGCCGGAGCGCCUGGCCCCUGGAUGCUUCGACUACAUCGGUCACAGUCACCAGCUGUUCCACGUGUGUGUGAUCCUGGCUACGCACCUGCAGAUGGAAGCCAUACUUCUGGACAAGACUCUGAGGAAGGAAUGGCUCCUGGCCAACACCAGAGCCCUGACUUUCCCUCAGAUAACCGGAGCCAUACUUCUGUGCCUCAUCUUCAGCCUCAGCAACAUAAUUUAUUUCUCAACUGCUCUGUAUCGGAUGCCCGAGCCAGAAUUACACAAAAAAGAAACAUGAUUCAGGCCCUAAGCUAUUUGUGCCAGAUGUCAACAUUAAACUACAACAUCCUAACCACCGUAAGCCAGUGGCGUGACUGGUUUACAGUGACCUGUAACAAAAUAUUCAUAAUGUUUGGUGUCUUGGCAUUUUUGAGUGGGCUCAUAUUAAGGUAUUUAACUGGGGAAAUUUCUCUGGCUGUGCACCGAUUCUGUAUGUGUGGUUUUAAAAGGGGAGCAUGGGUUCAAGUAAGUCCUCAUUUAGGUGAAUUAUUAAUAUUUAAUUAAGUUAAAUUUAUUUAAAGUGAGUUUUGCAAUUCUAUUUAAAACAGUUGGGUUAAGCAUACUACCCCUGUAGCAUUACUCUUUAAAAAUGGAACAUGCUUCAUUUGAUGAGUUUCAUGUAGCAAAGCCUCUCCCAAGAGCUCCCACAGGGAGAGGAGAACAAGCCAGGAAGGUCAGGGGUGGGGGGACCUUAGAAAGAGGCACUUGGGCCUGGGGGACCCUGGGCACUGGAAAGGCAUUCCAGAAUAGAGACCUGGUUUAAGGAGGGGGGUCUUCUUUCUUUUCCCACCUAGUGAAGGGAAUGAACGGAAAGAGAGUCUUUUUUUUUCCUCAAGUCCAUUCUGCUUCAAAGUGCAAAUUCCCGUGUCAAUGGGUUUGGGUUUUGGAUUAUGGAUUUGGAUUUUCUUAGAAGUCCACAGCCUAUGGCUGGGUGUCACAUGUUCUGUUUCGCUGUCUUCUUGUUGCCAUAAUACUUUGAUUCUGCAAAGUAUUAUGCAGUGCAGUUAAAAUGUGUUACACUGUGGGCGUUGGUCAAGUUAAUCCCUGUUGGUCAUGUUCAUUUGUCACCUUUUAAAUCAGUGACAGCGCUGUAUUUAGGGAUGGCAUGCAUUUGAUGUUGCUUCAGCAUUUCAAAUAUGCUGCAGAUUUAGCGUUCAUGUGCGGAAGAUGCUAAAGACCUUGCCAAAGGGUUAAUCCACUGUUGUGAUUUUUCAAGUUUUCUUGAGAAUCUGAAACACUUGGUGAGCUUGUGGCAAAUGCAGAUUCCCAGGGAAGCCUGGAGAUUCUGCUUUACUAGUGUAAAAAUGUAGGUUUCUGAGAAGGGAUCUGCACCGGAGCAAGUCCCCAUGUGAUUCUAAUGCGGAAGGGCCACGGGCCAAACUUGAGGAAAUGCUGGUGUCAGGAAUUCCAAAAGGCACUCCGCUUAUCAACUUUGUUUUCAUUGAUGUAAUUUUCAGCAACUUACCACCUAAGGAUGUGUUGUUCCCCGCUUUCUACUCUGCAUGGUCCUAAAAUGCUGAGCAUUUUCUCGUCUGUUGUAUUACUAAUUAAAGUUCAGUAUUUCAUGGUAUUUUCAGAGCAGACAGAAGUGCUGACACAAUGCAAUUGUGAACAGAAGCCCAUCAACCCCUGAUCUGCACUUGCUAAUGACUUAAGGGGCUGCCUACAGUGCAGGAUCCUCUUUGCUGACUCAGGAACACCCUCAUAUCGUAGAAUACUGCCUUUGUGGUUUACUGGCCCAGGUUGAAUGGCCUUGUAAAUAGCUCAUCCUCUGAUCCUCUGAGGACAAGUAACAAUUUAUAUUGGAUGAGAGUGGUCAAGAAAUAUGAUUUCAUUAGUUUUAUUAUCUGUUUACUUCCCCUGGUGAAAUGAGACUGAUAAAAUUAUAUGGGCUGGUAAAUUUUUGGUACAUUAAUUACAAACUACAUGAAAACAUUUUUGUGGGUUUUUUUGCAACAAUCUGAAGUCAUUAGUGAAAUUUUGUUCCAACAGGGUAAGUGGGCUUCCAUUUCAUCUCACUAUAACUUCAAUUUUAUAAUGAAAAAAAGGUACAACAUUUAAAUAUCCUGUUUUAGUAAUGCCAAAGGCAUGAAGGCUUUCAAGUUCUGUGUAUAACAGUAAAAUCAUGCUUCAUUUAGCUUAGAAAUAGUAGGAAAAUAUUGGGUGAUUAAUUUGAAGGGCUUUUAGCUGAUUUCAUCUUUGGUUAUGUUACUUUUGUCAUGUUUAAUGAUGAAAAUGAAAUGUUAAAUCAACAAAAAAAGAUCAAGUGUUUCAUAAUGUUUUUCCAAGUUUGACAAAUUUAGUCCCAUUGUAUAUUUUUGGACAGUAUUACAAGUUAAAAUUUUA